AUGAGCAUCGAGCUUGUCACGGAUAGCAACGACUGUUGCGGCCAAUAUUGUCGCAUGGGUCUGUUGCCCAGCGACGCGGACAAGGCAUCUCUAUUAGGAGAGGCGGUCCGGCGAGUGAGGGAGCUGAAGAAAACUGCAGCGGCACUGGCGAGCUCGCCGGAAACCACCGAAAAUCCGACAACCACCAGCGCCGGCGCAACACUAAAUAAGGUGAUGUUCCCAAGCGAGACGGACGAGCUGAAGCUGAACCGGUGCGAAGGGUCGGGGCUGAUAAGGGCGAGCCUUUCGUGCGAAGACCGGCCGGAAAUGAUAGCAGACAUGAUAGAGGCCCUGAAGGGGGCGGAGGCGAGGGCGGUGCGGGCGGAGAUGUCGACGGUGGGUGGGCGGAGCAAGAGCGUGGUGUGGGUGGAGAUGGCGGGGGAGGCUGACGUGGCGGUGGGGACGCUGCGGAGGGCGUUGAGAGGGGUUAUUGACAAGUCUAAUCCCUUGGCGGCUUCCGGCCAGGGCUUGCCGAGGAACAAACGCCCACGUUACUAUCACUUCUGA